AUGAGCUCUCCAAAUCAACUGGCUCCAGGGUCCUGCUUCACCUGCAGACGCCAGAAGCAGCGAUGUGAUAGGCUCCUCCCGCAGUGCUCCCGCUGCACCUCCAAGGCGAUUGCCUGUGAUUAUAAAGCAACUACUACAUCCCAGACAAGCCCCUUUUCACCCGGAACUCAGAUAGAGGCGGCCGUGCUAGUACAUCUUCGAGACUCGUGCAGUUUUGACUUGACACCGCUGGCCGAACGCUACUUGAUAUGGGCAGCAUGUGCGAGUGACAGCGUAGGUGAUGAGGGCAGCCAUGCUCAGCCCACACUGUCCACACUUGCCCAAGACAUCUUCAGCGCAGGCGGUGCGAACCUGCACACUAUGAUUGAGACUUACUUUGCCAUUGCGCACAGCUGGCUUCCCAUAUUGGACAAGGAGCAGCUGUAUCUUGAUACAGAUCAUCUCUUCAGAUACCCGGGAUAUCAAAAUGAUGUCACUGCGCUUUUACUUGUUUGCAUCUACAUCUUUAUACAGCAACCGUGUCAGCACCCAAACCAUUCAGUCAGGUCUGCUUUGUACCGCACAGCGCGGCGCCUAUUCUUUCUCCUUCAGACAUCAGCUCAUGUCUCGAAAAUUGCUCUCCUCCAAUCUGGUAUUUUACUGGUUGCAUACGAACUUGGUCAUGGCAUGAGCAAGGAUGCCUAUGGGACUCUUGGUGUGUGCACGAGUCUCGCGCAGCAGCUGAGUCUGGAACCGACCGGCUGUGAUCGAGACAUGAUACAAAGACCCGAGAUAACGCAACUUGAUCUGUGCUGGAGCGGGAUUGUGCUACUUGAUAGAACCAUCAUGCUAUCCGACUUCGAAUACCAUGUACCACAAUCCGUUGGUUUCAACCACCACUUCGCAAGUGCCGCAGUUGCCAAGGCAUCGGAUGAGGAUCUCUAUGGCGACGACUUGGCUCGCAAGUUUUUGGCACGAGCAAAAGUCGCUCUGCACAUUGGCAAGAUACUCGACGCCGUGGGCAAAUCUUUUCCAUUAUGUGAGGCAUUAGCAAUGUCUCUCAGCGCUUUGGCUAUCUUGUACUGUCUACGUGACAAGCAGAUAUCCACCCUCAGUAGCCCCGCGACACGUUCGGCUGUUCAGUGCGUGCACAAUAUUGUGUUUGACACAUUUCACACUGAGGGUGAGAUUGGUGCUGCUAUUCGCAUGGAUCGCUUGUAUGUGGAUGGCCUUGCGGGUGAAGACUUGAAGGAGCUGCGAAGCACUCUUGAGUCAUUCAGUACUCGUUGGAAGCUCGGAGAGUCUUUCAUCGAGGCAUUAAACGCAGGGAGAGAGGAUUUAUCGUAG